AUGCUUAUAAACCCAUUUUUUAUGGCUGAAGAACUCCAAGAAUCUGAAGUUAUUUUCCAGGAAAAUGCUGUAAAUGAAGAGUUCCCAGAUCAGUCAAAUUCCCGGGCAUCGCAAAACACCAAAUUGAGAACGAAGAAGAAGAAGAAGAAUACAGUUCCGGUGAGAAUUCCGGAAAAUGUUUCAGGGAAUUCAUGGUUUCAACAAGUGGAUUCAGGGUUUUUUGGGGAUGAACAUUAUGAUGAUGAUGAUGGAGAGAUAGUGCCACCCCACGUGAUCGUAGGACGGCGAAUCGCAGGAAAAAUGGCGUUCUCGGUGUGCACCGGAAAUGGGAGGACUCUGAAAGGCCGGGACUUGAGUGAAGUUCGGAAUUCAAUUCUUAGGAUGACUGGUUUCCUUGAAGCUUGA